AUAAGCAGCAAAGAUGAAGACUUCUUAGACCUUUCAGUUGAUGUGGAGCAGAAUACUUCAAUCACUCAUUGUUUAAGGGGUUUCAGCAAUACAGAAACUCUGUGCAGUGAGUACAAGUAUUACUGUGAAGAAUGUCGCAGUAAGCAGGAAGCACAUAAAAGGAUGAAAGUGAAAAAGCUGCCUAUGAUUCUAGCUCUCCAUUUAAAGAGAUUUAAAUACAUGGAUCAGCUGCAUCGAUACACAAAACUCUCUUAUAGAGUAGUUUUUCCUUUAGAGCUUCGCUUAUUUAACACCUCAGGAGAUGCCACCAAUCCUGACAGAAUGUAUGACCUUGUUGCUGUGGUAGUUCAUUGUGGAAGUGGCCCCAACAGAGGACAUUAUAUUGCAAUAGUGAAGAGUCAUGAUUUUUGGUUGCUUUUUGAUGAUGAUAUUGUUGAGAAAAUUGAUGCACAAGCUAUUGAAGAAUUCUACGGGUUGACAUCAGACAUCUCAAAGAACUCUGAGUCUGGUUACAUCCUCUUCUAUCAGUCUCGGGAUUGAGGGGGAACUGUAGUGAAGAGAGAUUUUUAUGCCUCGCAUCUUCUCUAUCUUGGAAUGGAGCAAGCACUGAAAAAAAGGAAAGCAGGGAGCUCCAGGGGCAGUAGCACAGUUUGCACACAACUGAGCAAAGAGUUUGAGAUUCUUAAAACCUUUGUAUCAUUUUCAUUUUAUUUGCUCAGGUAUCACGCUGACUACACAUCUCCACUGCAUCCCAUAAGCAAAAAGAGAGAUACCAGCCACUCUUGCAGGAGCUUUCUUUUAGGUAAUACUAUCUCUGUGGUCCUAAUUCAAAGCCCAUUAAGGUCACUGGAGAACCUUUCGUGGACUUCAGUGGAAUUUGAAUCAGGUUCUAACUGCACUGCCAGACUGGUGCAAUAGGAGCAUUAGAAAUCUUUAUUUUAUACAGGCUUUGUGUAUAAAAGGUAAAGGACUCUUUGUGAACUUAGUUUCCUGUGCUUAAGUUUAAAAGAACAAGGUUGGGAGGGUUAACAUGUAAGCAAGAAGAUUUAUAUGGGCCCAACACAAUUGCCUUCUUGAUGGUAGAAGUUUAACUGAAGAUGUAAACUGGUGUCAGGGAGGCAAGUAAGUUUUGCUUCUCUGAAGAAGCUUACAUUAUUUAUAAUGUAUGAUCGGGAACAAUCAGUCAAGAUUAUGGCUUUUAAUCUCCGUAUGGGGAAAGAUUUGGUUUGUAAUAGUUUAUUUUUAUUUAUAAAUUAUUGUUACUUAGGAUCUUGUGUAUUGUCCUUUAUUCUAAAAAGUAUUGGAAAUUUUAUAUAUUACUUUGAAUUAAAACUAAGUAUGUUUAAAUGUUAAAGAAGAGCCAAUAUAAAUUCUGAAAACAAUGCCUACGAUGUCUGUAAAAAUAAAUGACACAGAAGAGAGAUUUCCUUCUGGAGGAACUGGUAUCUAAGUGAGGUACUUUAUUUGAUUAAAUUAAAAUAACCUCUUUCCAUUAAUGAGAGAAAAAAAGGUGAUCAAGCUCUUAAAUAGAAGACUUUAAGAAUGCAUGUCAUAAGAAAAUGAUGAUGCAGUGGUGGUAUUCUGGUCUUUAUAGUUCUUUAAUAAUUUGUUAAUGUUUU